CCCCCCCCCUUUUCUCUCCAUCUGCCUCGCUCGCCAUCGAUCACCGACGCCUCCGGCAAUUGCCACCUCACGCCAGCCCUUGCCAACGCCAAGAACAGCCUCGACAGAGUUGGAUGAUCCAAGCGACUCGCUCGUCCAUCAUCACACAUCGGCUUUGACUCGACCCGCACCAUGCCCAUUCUGAAGCGCACCAAGAAGCCGGUUGAGCUUCUGCCGCUGCCUUCCAACCUCCCCGCGCUCGCUCCAGACACAAACAGCGACGACGAUGGUGCCCCUGUUUUCCAGAUCCGCUUCACGGGAGAGAUAUUCGUGGACUACGAAUCGUACUAUGAACGCUACAACAUGUAUCGGCAGAAGCAGUGGCAGUGUGAAGCUACAGGAAGAGGCAACCUGACUUUCGAAGAGGCGCUGAUCUCCGAGCGCAUUGCUCGCCGCAACGUCAAGGAGCGCUUUCCGGAAGUCUGGAAGAAGCCCGCCUUGGAGAUGAUUCAAUUUAACACACUCAAGGUCAUCAAUCUCAUCGAUGUCAUCUACAACUACUUUCGAGAUAACGUCUUUCCGGGCGAAGAGACCUUUGUCCAAAUCGGCGAAGAAUCGAUUUGGUGCAAAGUCCUGCAAGUCUAUCCGCCCACUAACUUCAGCGACAAAGCCGUCUCGUCCGUGGUGAUUCACACUGAUCAAGAUGAUAAGAUCACGGCCAUCGACCACGAUCUGGACCCGAACCUAUGUUCGUGUCGCGUGCAUUUGCUCGAUCAGGACGGCGAAUUCGUCUUUGACGAUGACGCCGGAACCCAGUACCGAGUGCCGAUCAGCAAGAUUAAGCGCAACAGGCUUACUCUGUCAAAGCAAAACAUCAAGACAUUCAUCAAGGAUGUGGUCCAGCAGAGAGAGACAUGGCCCGGGUCGCCUCUGGUGAUCAAGCCAGAGCUCGCGGAGCAAUACGGAAUCACGACCACGAUGCCACUCAACCUGGUCGACAAGAUCAAAGAGCGAGAGGAGAAGCUCGAUCCAAACUACAAAGCCAAGCAAAGAGCCCUUCUAAAGCAAAAGAAGCUUGAGGCUGCUUUGGCGGAGAAGCAGGCCCGUGAAGAAGAAGAGCGCAACAAGAAGAAGGACGGACGCGUGAGCAAGCGCAAGGAGAAGCAAGCACACAAGCAGAUGGAAAAGGAGGCCAAGGAACGAGAGGCCAAGCUGCGAGAAGAAGAGGAGCAAGCGCGACUCUUGGCACUUUCGCUUACCUUUCCGAUGGACGAUAUGGAGCUCCUCCAGCUGGCGCCUCGCUUGCGUGGCGCCGAAGAUAUCAAAAAGGCCGGGGCUGUGUAUCCUCCGCUGCAGCACAGCUUUGGUGACUUUCCGUCAUCGUCGGCAUGCGCUCUCAUCCGGACGUGGAACUUUCUCUCUGUUUUCAGCAAUCUGCUCAGCCUGACUCAAUUCCCGUUAGACUACUACAUGGAUGCCCUGUCACACCAAAAUCUUGAGCAGGGACAGAGCCUAAUCGUGGUCGAGUCAUUUGGUGCGCUGCUGCAGGCUGCGUGCGAGGAAUGGGCAUUCCGGCUGGAAGAUCCCGAAGAUCCCUUCUUCAAAGAAGUAGGUGCCUUGGCAGCCAGCAGCACAGCCGACGACGCUGUGCCUGGAAGCCCAGAUAUCACCAAGACUGAGUCCUCCGAGAGCCACGAUAUGGAUGUCGAUCCCAAGGACCUCAAGGACAUCAAGGACGCCAACGGCGGUAACAGCAGCCACGAUGCCGCGAAACAGGAGUUCUUGAAGGCCUUCGAAGAGCUCACUGCGGACGAAAAGAUCGCUAUCGAUCAGUGGUGGAAAUGGACACCAGGGGCCUGGGCGGGCACUCACCGAAAGUCGGCAUUGGUCGCGCGGCCGUUGGUCCGUCUGAAGGCAUGGAAUAUUGCUCUUGUCGGGCUCAUUCGCGACUGGGCUACCGAGGAGUCACUGAAAGCCAAAUGGCAUAUCCUUGCGCGUCUGCUCAGCACCGAGCUGGAUCAUGAAAGUGUGUUCAUUCAUGGCGAAGAACCCUCCGACGACGAGGCUGAUGCUUCCACCGAAGCCGAGAGUGUCCCUGAGAAGCGGCGAUCGAAUGGCCGAAAUCCCGGAUUCAAGGGCUAUAUGGAGGCCAGCGAGGACUCGAUUGCGGAUGACGGAACGAGCGGCGACGAUCAGUCCGAUGCUUCUUCGACCCGCCGGAAGCGCUCGUCUCGUAACCGGGCUCUUGGAUCUCGAGAUGAAAGCAGUGCCGGAUCGGCUCUGAAACACGAGCAGCACUUCCAAAGCGGCAGCGACAGCGAACUCGACCACGACCAUGAGAGUAUCUCCAGCGAUACCGAUUCGGACUCGGACAGCCGUUCGAAGCGCCGACGAACCGACGAAGACAGCAGUAGCAGCCACCAGAGCUUCGACGAUGCACACAUCAUGCACCACGACCAGGGCGGCGACCAUGCGAUCGUGGGAUCACCGACACACGAACCGUCAGCCCGCGCGACUCUGAGCCGACGAGCCAAGUCGUCUAUGGAACUCAGAUCGCCCACUGCCGGGCCAAAGUCUCCAGAGCCGCAAAUGCUUCCCAGCGAGCAUCUCGGGCCUCAUCCCAAGAAGAGGACCAAGCCCGUCAGCUCUGCUCUGUCGAUCGACGGAUUACUGGCGCGGGUGGAGAAGAACUUUUGGAAGCUGCUCAGCCCCAUUGAGAAGCUGGACCUCCUCGAUUUUCUCGUCACCGAGACGGUGCAAACCAACCACAAAGUCCGAGAGUUUAUUGAUCACGCCAUUGAUCGCUGCAUCGAGCUGCGGAAAGAGCGCCGCGAGAUUCUUCGCGAGCGCAAGUACAUAACCCAGCUCUGGAAGGAAUAUCAGAGCCGCGAGGCUGUGCGCGAAAGCGAGAAGGAUGCGGAAGACGAGAAGGAGAUCGGAACCGAUGAUGCGGCGUCCGUUCCCACCGCUGAUGAAGAGAGAGAGCCCAAGCCAGCGGAUCCCCCCGUCGACUCGACCUUCGAUAUGAAUGACAGCUUCUCAAAAGGAACAUCGCGCAUCCAAAAGCUCAAGGAAUCGCAGCAGCGCCGAGAGGCCGAGCUCAAGCGGCAGAAGGAGGAGUCGAUGCGGCUGCAAAAGGAGCAUCGCGAAAAGCAGCGCGAGCAGCGGCUGCGUCUGGAGGAAAAGCGCAAGAUCGAGUCCCAGGAGAGGGCCUUGAUGAAGCGCGAGUUCAAGUUUGAGCCCGAAUAUGGCCUGUGUUCCGCAGCAGCACGUCUCUUCCCCCUGGGUCAGGAUCGCUUCCUGAACCGCUACUGGUGGUUUGAUUUGGCUGUCGGAUCGGCGGUGAACCUGGACUUGGACGAAGCCAUGGGCAUGGCACCCGGCACCGUGCCCUCCAACAAGACAUCGACCGUGCUGGGUCCCGCCGAUCUCGAAUGGGGAACAGGGCGCCUGUUCGUGGAGCUGACGGGUCUGGACAAGGACGGCAUCAACGGCCACGAUAGAGAAUCGCUCGCUCGCCUGCAGACAAGCUUGGAUGCCACCGAGGGAUCGUGGGGAUACUUCACGGAAGCUUCUCAGAUCAAAGCACUUCUUUCGUGGCUUGAUACACGCGGAGAGCGCGAGGCAAAGCUCAAAGCGGCCAUCAACCAAGAGCUCUCGUGGAUCCAGGCGUCCAUGUCCAAGCGCGCUGAGGAUCUUGCCCUCGCCGCCGUCGACCACGAUGUCCUGCCGCAACGCCGCACCCGCCACGGCCACAGCCGCAACCCAAACAAGCGAAACGAGAUGAGGGGAUACAUGAGCUACGCAAAUAAUGCAGUCGGUCCAUAAAGAAACGGGACAGUCCUUCUCUGGCAUCAGAUCUCUAAAGUCCGCUGACCUACUGUAGGCACCAGUGAGCAAGCCAUGCGAUUGUUUCCGUCCUGGUUGUCGAUCGUUUUGGUUGGUUUAGAAAGUAGUCUUGAAUACACUCGGUCGAUCCCCAGUGGCGACAAUCGACUGAUA